AUGAGCAGCAUGUUUCAGGAGAUCUUGGCCUUUAUUGUAAGCACUUCGGGGUGGGUGCUGGUGUCUUCCACCUUGCCGACAGACUACUGGAAGGUAGCUUCACUUGAUGGAAUAGUCCUCAACACAGCUAACUACUGGUCGAAUCUGUGGAAGACCUGCGUCACCGAUUCAACUGGAAUCUCCAACUGCAAAGACUUUCCCUCGAUGCUGGCACUGGAUGGCUAUAUCCAAGCAUGCAGGGGAUUGAUGAUUGCAGCCGUCUGUAUGGGAUUUUUUGGUUCCACAUUUGCCCUUGUUGGAAUGAAAUGCACCAAAAUCGGAGGAACUGACAAAAACAAAGCCAGGAUUGCCUGCUUUGCUGGUGUAAGCUUCCUUCUUAGUGGCAUUUGCUCCCUUUUGUCGUGCUCCCUCUAUGCACACCAGAUUACAGCAGAGUUUUUUGACCCAAUGUUUGUAGGACUGAAGUAUGAAUUUGGAGCUGCGCUUUUUAUCGGCUGGUCAGGAUCUAUUCUCUGUAUCCUCGGAGGCAGCAUGCUCUGCUUCUCCAUCGCAGGUUCUUUUACCAAAAGCCACAGUCAGGCAAACUAUAUCUACAAAGGUGAUGCCUCACAUUCUCAUAUCUCCUCCUACCCCAGAGGGCAGGCGAAGUCUGUAAACCAGAGGCCGCUUCCAGACUACAGCAACUCCUCCAGGACGCAGCACUUUGAUAAGAACGUAUAUGUGUGA